AUGGCUUCGAAGUCUCUUGUCCUCCUCUCUGUCACCCGGCUUGUCUUGGGCUCGAUAUCCAUCCUCGAUCCCAGCGACUACGUCAACAUGUCCUCAGAUGUUGAGGACAAUGGCCUCCUGGCAGAUUAUACGACUGACGGUGGUGGCCCGAUGUAUCUGAUCGACGACAUCGCCGGCCAGUACACCUACCGUGAUACUGACGUUGAGCUGUACCACGAGACCCUGUCCGUCGAUGCCAACGACACAAGUGUACUGCUCGUCACCGAGGGCAGCAAUGUCAAUUUGUCCCAUGUCGAUGUUGUCAAGCGAGGAUACUCGACCUGGCUCAACCAGGCGAGCUUCUUCGGCACCAAUGCAGCUCUGAAUAUUGCCAACGGGUCUACUUCUCAUAUCUCAAACACAAACAUCACUACACACAAUGGCGCAGCCGGAAUCUUUGCGUAUGGAACCGGUACGACCGUCCAUGUGAGCAAUACGGACUUUUACAGCUCGGGGCCCGUCUCCCACGCUCUGUACGCUGCGGGCAACGGGACCAUCUACGCCUCGAACGUGCGCUCCUACGCUGGCGGAAACCGUUGUUCUACCUUUUCCGGCGACAGUCCAGCUGGAUACAUCUACGUCUCCGACUCGGUCUCCCACACGGCUGGAAUUGGAAGCGCCACAUUCUACGCCCUCGGUGAGAUCCAUGCUAGCAACGUCGUCGGACACUCUGAGAAGGCGCCCGGACUCUUCAGCGACGGGGCACAAAAGGCUGUUUUCGAAAACGUUGACCUCACUGCGGGCUUACUGGCUGGAACUGUCAUGUUUUCGUCGUCGGUGCGGCGGACUGGAGCGUCCCUCUCCCUCACCAACUCUCGACUCACCACCUUGAAGGAGGAUAUGCCUGCCCUGUGGUUUGGCAACGUUGUUGCAGAGGCUAAUUUAGUGGCAACAGAGUUGAACACCACUUCCGGCAUCCUCCUCGUCGCAAAUACCUCCCAGGUAACUCAGGCGUUUAACUACUUUGCUGGCGUGGAAGAGAACUCAUCCAUCCAGCCUGCCAAAGUCUCUGUUACUGUGGCCGAAUCCACCUUCCAGGGAGACAUCGUGGCAUACAACGGCAGCUCAAUCGCUUGGAACCUCACUGAUCAUUCAACGUGGAUUGGCUCCGCCUACCUUAAGGGCAGUGGAUCAGCUACCUUCAGCAUUUCGGUCGACGACACCUCUACCUGGACCUUGACUCGGGAUGUGACUGUGGACGAGUUCACCAACGACGAUCCCAGAAACAAGAACAUCCGCUCCAAAGGCUUCAAUAUUCACUACAACCCGUCUAGACCGAAGAAUGCCUGGUUGAAGUCUAAGACGGUUACCUUGCCUGGUGGUGGGAAACUACGUCCCCGCGCUUAA